AUGUAUCAGAAGUAGGCAUCAGGAAAUUAAUUAAAGGCAAAGAUGGGGAACCAUUUUGUCUCUUUUUUCCUGCUUCUGUUUGUUCUCCUUCCCGACAUGUCUCUCUCUCAGAUUCUCUUCCAGGGUUUCAAUUGGGAAUCCUGGAAUAGGCAGGGAGGUUGGUACAACUUCCUGAGGGGCAAAGUUUCCGAUAUUGCCGACGCCGGAGUCACCCACGUCUGGCUUCCUCCCCCGUCUCAUUCCGUCAGUCAGCAAGGUUAUAUGCCGGGCAGGCUGUACGACCUGGAGGCUUCGAAAUACGGAAGCCAGGCGGAGCUGAAGGCACUGGUGGGGGCGUUUCACGAGAGAGGCAUCGAGUGCGUCGCCGACGUCGUCAUCAACCACCGGUGCGCCGAGAGGAAAGAUGGGCGGGGGAUAUGGUGCGUCUUCGAAGGGGGCACGGACGACAGCCGCCUGGAUUGGGGUCCCCACAUGAUCUGCCGCGAUGACGCGCAGUACUCGGACGGCACCGGCAACCUCGACACGGGCGCCGACUUCCCGCCGGCGCCCGACAUCGACCACCUCAACCCGCAGGUCCAGCGAGAGCUCUCCGACUGGCUGAUUUGGCUGAGGACCGAGAUCGGCUUCGACGGGUGGAGGCUCGACUUCGCCAGGGGGUACUCGGCCGGCGCGGCCAAGGUCUACGUGGACGGCGCCCAGCCGAGCUUCGUGGUGGCCGAGAUCUGGAGCUCGCUGGCCACCGAAAGCGACGGGAAGCCGGCGUACGACCAGGACGGGAGCAGGCAGGAGCUGGUCGACUGGGUCCGACAGGUGGGCGGCCCCGCGACGGCAUUCGACUUCACCACCAAGGGGAUUCUGCAGGCUGCGGUGGAGAAGGAGCUGUGGAGGAUGAUCGAUCCUCAAGGCAAGCCGCCCGGGAUGAUCGGGUGGUGGCCGGAGAAGGCGGUCACUUUCGUCGACAACCACGACACCGGUUCCACGCAGAAGCUGUGGCCUUUCCCUUCCGACAAAGUGAUGCAAGGCUACGCCUACAUCCUCACUCAUCCAGGGAUCCCUUCCAUCUUUUACGACCACAUGUUCGACUGGGGGUUGGGGAAGGAGAUAGGGCGACUGAGCGCGAUCAGGGCGAGGAACGGAAUCUACCCGGCAAGCGCGGUGAGGGUCUUGGCCGCCGAGGCUGACCUUUACGUGGCCAUGGUGGACGGAAAAGUCAUCACGAAGAUCGGGUCGAGAUACAGCGUGGGGAAUCUCAUUCCUCCAGGCUUUGUCAUCGUCGCCUCCGGAAACGACUAUUGUGUCUGGGAAAAGCAAUAAUAUAUAUAUAUAUAUAUAUAUAUAUAUAUAUAAUAUAUAGCAAUAAUAUAUAUAUAUAUAUAUAUAUAUAUAUAUAUAUAUAUAUAUAUAUAUAUAUAUAUAUAUAUAUAUGAUCGAAGAAGGGCUACUUUCAUAUGCUAAAUAAAAUUAUAUCAUGCAUGCAUGAUAUAAUUAAGCAUUAAUUUGCUGUGUAGAUCUUCGAUAAUUAAGAGCAGAUUAAUAAAGCUUGUAAUUAAUUAUUAAUCCCCUUGAUUAAUUAUGGUGCUAUCAUGCCCGUCUGUGUCACUCA